UGAGCCUCUGCAGGGUGCUGUGUACAGUAGCAGGACCAUGACUUCUCUCAUACUGCUUUCCUUAUGCCUGCUCUGCUGGAGAGAUUCUUUGGGGCAGACAGAUGAUCCACCGCAGGUUAAAGAGGCACAAGUGGGUGAAACCAUUACGUUGCACUGCCGUUCAGACAAGGAUGGAGAGUCCAACAACAAAACCCUGGAAUGGCGCAUUAAAAAAAAUACAGAGAAGGUUAUUUAUCGCAGAGGUCCAGAUGGGCUCUCUGAGCAGGAUCAUGAGCUGGGGGAGCGAAUGAGUGUGGACGAACAUUUCACGUUAGAGAUAACAAAUAUCCGUGUCCAAGAUGAAAUGAUAUUUAUUUGCAGUGUGCAAGAUACCAAAGAACUAUGGGAGCACACUGUGCAGUUAUUCGUUUUCAAGAAACCAGAACCCCCAGAAAUUGUAAUGACAGAAAGCAACUUCCGCUCAACAAAUGACAUAUCUGAGCUAGGAAGCUGCACAAGUGUGAAUGGGUACCCACUUCCAUCCAUCACGUGGUAUAAGAAUGGCAUACCUCUGAGAGAUGAACAGGACAAAGUGGUAAUAAGUUCCUCUGUGACGGAGGAAUCCAGCGGUUUGUAUACAAUUAAGAGCAUGCUGUCUUCGUCUCUUCAAGAAGAUGACGAUAAAGCAGAAAUCUAUUGUGAAGUCUCCUACAAAUCUUCUACUGGUCACCAUAUGAUGGAGUCUGAGACAAAGAACAUCACUGUCUUGUAUCCAAGCCGAUCAGUAAGACUGUACCAGUCAUUUCCCGCUGGACCGGUAAAAGAGGGCGAUAAUGUGAAAUUAAAAUGUGAGGGCGAUGGAACAAACCCUCUAGACAUAACCUACAAAAGGAAAGACGAGGAAGACAGUUUAGGAGAUGGUCCAUUCAUGAUCUUGGAGAAAGUUACUCGCAGCUCCUCAGGGACCUAUGAGUGUACUGGAAUGGACUUUGAUAGUUCUGACCAGAUCAUGACAGCUGAGACUGAGCUUCAAGUCCAUUUUCUCGAUCAGCCUGUGUUUUCGCAAAUGUCCCCUAUUAUUGUGCAUCCUGGAGACCACCUGAGCGUGUCUUGUGAAGCAAAUUCCUCUGUUGAGGCAGAAACCCAGUGGAAGCAUAAGGGUCACAUUAUAGCCGAAAACUCGUUUCUUACUCUGAGUCAUCUAACUCAUGCGAUGUCGGGGAAGUACACAUGCGCCAUAUCCUUGCCCAGUGUACCAGGGCUGAAUGUCAGCAAAGACCUGGAAAUCAUUGUAAAAGGAAAACCAGAGUUGUCCGUGAGCACAAAGUCCAUUUAUGUGCAAGAGAAUAAUACAGUGAAUGUGACAUGUAAAGCACUGGGUCAUCCAAAAGCCACCAUCACUUGGUCUGCCAAUGGCACAACGUCAGUCAUAACUGAGGGCCCAGAAAUAACCAGUGAGUUGUCCUUUAAAGUGACCCCCGAGCUGCUGGAUAUUGGAGUCGUCAUCUGUAAAGCAUCAAACAAAAUGGGCAACAGUGAAGAAAAAAUACAACUAUAUCAGUCAACCCCACCCAUUUCUGCGACUACUAGUUCAGAUAUGUUGACUACCCCUAUUUCUGAGAAUAACACAGAUGUCCAUCGUGGAGGAAGUCAUGGAGUGCUGAUUGUGGUUGUUAUUAUCUGUAUCCUGCUUCUGGCCAUCCUGGGAGCUGUGCUGUACUUUCUCUAUAAAAAGGGACGCAUUCCCUGUGGGCGCUCAGCAAAGCAAGACAUUACGAAACCUGGCGAGAAGGAGCAGAUAGUUGUGGAGAUGAAGCCAGAUUCCCCCGCUGAAGAAUCAGUCCUGCUCCCUGGCGGGCAAGAGAAGAAGCCACCUGGAGAUCAGGGGGAGAAAUACAUGGAUUUAAGAAACUGAAUAAGUCUGUUUGACGUUGGAGUAAAUGGAUCGUUCUUUGAUGUUAUAUCUACAGCCCUACGUUGUCCUUAAAACUGCCAGUAGCCACCUCCACCCCGUCCAUUACAGGAGUUGCUCUGUGGCCGAUCUCUGGUUAAACCUACAUACAAAUACUGUGGCAGUAAACCAACAGAACUACCAUGCCCAGAGUCUAUAUUUGCCUGCAGAUAGCCUUAAGGUGACUAUUUUAUUAUAACAUAUUGCCGUCCAGAAGAUGCCUGAUAACUAAGUGACCUUUGUGGCUUGCAGCUCAUCUGCCUAUAACUGUUUACUCUGUGGACAUAAACUGACCCUGAGGUGGCCUUGGAAUUCCUGCCUUUGUUUAGUUUCAAGGGGAGGGUAUUUUAUGUAAAGUGAUGGGUUGGAAAGAGUUAAACCCCCCCAAAUAUCUAAGCACAAAUGAAGAUUACUGUCCAAACUGAAGCACUGACAAUCCUCUCUCCCAUUAUUACUCUGAAUAGAGCAAGCCCUAAGUCCAUGCACUGUAUCCUAUCCUCAGAAUGUACAAUGGUAUGGAAAUGACCCCUACAGAGACAGCAGUACCCAUCUUAAAGAAAAGAAGGGGCAUGUUAUUCUACCCCAAGACACUAAGGGGCCAAUAUACUAGCAUAGGUGAUCUUUGACUACAGUGCAGUUACAAUCAAACAAUCAGAAAUGUGCUUUUCAUCCUUUAAUACAAGUCAGAAUAAAAAGCAAAGAGCUGAUUGGUUGCUGUGGUACCUGCACCUGUUAGAUAAAUAACACCUAUAAAGCAGGAAGGGGUUUCUUCUAUGGUAUUUCCUACAUUACAUGCUGAAAACAGCUUUAUUUAGAACAGAUAUAUUUACUAUAUAUAAAUAUAUAUAUAUUUGUUGGUUUGUGUGUAAAUCUAAGGAAUCUAUUAAAGCUUUGCUUUUUUUUAAAGUAUGUGAAAACAAAUGUUUAAACCUUGA